AUGAAGGCAAGUUCCUUGGUUAAAUUUACUCCUGUUUUGGCUGGCUCUGUUGUGAACAUACAGUUGGGCCCUAAUGACCAGUCAUGGGAAGACAGAACAGUAGGGUCUUCAACUGAGACAACUGAGCCAUUGUCUAAAGGAGAGCUAGGGGAUGCAUGUGACUCUAAUCCUUGUGAAAAUGGAGGCAUCUGUGUGUCUGGCUUGGAUGAUUUCUAUUCUUGCGAAUGUCCUGAUGGCAUCACAGAUUCCAAUUGUUCUAGUGUUAUGGAGGUUGGCCCAUGUCUCCCUAAUCCCUGCCAUAACGGUGGAACAUGUGAAAUCAGUGAAGCCUACAGAGGAGACACAUUCAUAGGCUACCUCUGCAAAUGUCCAGUGGGAUUUAAUGGAAUACACUGCCAGCACAAUGUGAAUGAAUGUGAAGCUGAACCCUGCAAGAAUGGUGGCAUUUGUACAGAUCUGGUAGCUAACUAUUCCUGUGAGUGCCCAGGUGAAUUCAUGGGGAGAAAUUGCCAAUAUAAAUGCUCUGGACCAUUGGGAAUUGAAGGAGGAAUCAUUUCUAACCAGCAGAUUACUGCGUCAUCCACCCAUCGAGCUCUUUUUGGGCUCCAGAAGUGGUACCCCUACUAUGCACGACUUAACAAGAAGGGUCUAAUAAAUGCUUGGACUGCAGCAGAAAAUGACAGAUGGCCAUGGAUUCAGAUAAACCUACAACGAAAAAUGAGAAUCACUGGAGUUAUCACACAAGGUGCCAAGCGAAUUGGAAGCCCAGAAUACAUAAAAUCAUACAAAAUUGCAUAUAGCAAUGAUGGUAAAUUAUGGACCACAUACAAAGUGAAAGGCACCACUGAAGAUAUGGUAUUCCAUGGAAAUGUGGAUAAUAAUACACCUUAUGCAAAUUCUUUCACCCCACCAAUAAAAUCUCAGUAUAUACGAUUGUAUCCUCAAGUCUGUAGAAGGCAUUGUACUUUGCGAAUGGAACUUCUUGGCUGUGAAUUAUCAGGUUGUUCUGAGCCUCUGGGGAUGAAAUCAGGACAUAUACAGGAUUAUCAGAUCACUGCUUCCAGUAUCUUCAGAACACUCAACAUGGAUAUGUUCACGUGGGAACCCAGGAAAGCUCGACUAGACAAACAAGGCAAAGUGAAUGCCUGGACAUCAGGGCAUAGUGACCAGUCACAGUGGCUGCAGAUUGAUCUUCUUGUUCCUACAAAAAUCACUGGCAUUAUUACUCAAGGAGCUAAAGAUUUUGGUCAUGUUCAGUUUGUGGGCUCCUAUAAACUUGCCUAUAGCAAUGACGGAGAACACUGGACCAUAUAUCAGGAUGAAAAGCAAAAAAAAGAUAAGGUUUUCCAGGGAAAUUUUGACAAUGAUACCCACAGAAAGAACGUUAUUGAUCCUCCAAUCUAUGCACAGCACAUAAGGAUCCUCCCCUGGUCAUGGUAUGGCAGAAUCACUUUACGGUCAGAGCUUUUGGGCUGUACAGAAGAGGACUGA